AUGACGACGGCGGCGCGGCCGACGUGGGCGCCGGCCAAGGGCGGGAACGAGCAGGGGGGCACGCGCAUCUUCGGUCCCUCCGGGAAGUACUCGUCCCGCGACCUCGCCGCCCACACCUCCCUCAAGCCCAGAAAAGAGGGCCAGCAAACUCAAGAGGAGGUACAGAAGAGGAAUCUCAGGGACGAACUUGAGGAGCGUGAGCGCAAGCACUUCUCAUCCAAGGAUAAGUCCUAUGUUGAUGAGAGGGACCGACGAAAAAGUUCGAGCCUGCUCUUAGAAGGUUCAAAACGGGAUGAGGAUAAGAUAGUUCCACGUGAAAUUGAUGCAGAUGACUCUGACGUGGAGCUCAAAAGUGAUGAUGAAAGCGAUGAUGACGACGAUGACGAUGACACUGAGGCACUCAUGGCAGAGCUCGAAAGGAUUAAAAAAGAAAGAGCUGAGGACAGGUUUAGAAAGGAGCGUCAGCAAGCAGAAGAAGAGGCCAAGAUGAAGGAGGCUGAGCUGAUGCGAGGAAACCCACUGAUCAAUAUGAAUAACUCUGGCUCCUUCAAUGUGAAGAGAAGGUUAAGACAGUGGGAUGAUGAUGUUGUAUUCAAGAACCAAGCUCGUGGAGAGACUAAGACACCGAAACGGUUCAUCAACGACACCAUCAGAAGUGAUUUUCACCGCAAGUUUCUGCAUAGGUACAUGAAAUGA